AUGCCGGAAAGCACGGAAAAGGAUGUGGCUGCAAAGCAGAAAUCCAAGUUUCUGAACACAGACACAUACAAGAAAGGCAUAUCCAGAUUUUUCACCUUCAUUGGAAUUUUAUUUUCACUGGAUUAUACCAUUACCGAUGUCUUCCUCAUUAUCUGUGGCGCCUUUUUCUCCAUAGCAUCCGGUGUUCCUUUUCCGCUCUUGGGUAUCGUUUUCGGUGAGCUGAUCAACGACCUCAACACAGCCAACUGCUCGGCAUCGGCCACGUCGAAUAGCGAUAUAACCGAUGGCGUGCGGCAGAAAGUGCUCUACGUAAUCUACAUUACCAUCGCCAACUUCGCUUUCAUCUAUAUCCAUUGCAGCUGCUGGAGCUAUGUUAGUGAACGCAUUGCGCGGAGGUACCGUCGACGUUACUUUGAGAGUAUUAUCAGGCAGGAGACCGGAUACAUUGAGGGACUGCCCGCCGGAGAUGUCAUCUCGCGGCUGGUUAGCGACAUUGAAGUGCUGCAGUCUGGAACAUCAGAGAAAGUUGGAAUAGUGAUUGCGACUGUCUCAUACUUUGUUACUUCGUACGUCGUUGCAUUUAUCAAGGUCCCUCAAAUUGCCGGAAUGCUGGUCUCGGUGGUGCCUUGCUACUUUCUAAUGUCCUACGUGGGAGGCUAUUUCAUCAAAAAAUACGCUGGGCGGGUUACAGAGCACGUCAACGCGGCUACCUCGAUUGCUUCCUCCAGUCUUUCCCAUCUUACACUGGUUCAUGCUUUCAAUUCCAACGAGCGUCUGGAGAAACUAUUCUCUGACCACCUUUCAGAAUCACGGAUAGACUCAGUUAAAAAAGCCGCCACUCAUGCAGUCCAACUGGGUCUUUUGUAUUUCAUUGCAUACAGCUCAAACGCCCUAGCCUUCUGGGAAGGUUCACGCUUAAUUGCCGACUCGGUGGAAUCAGGUAACUCCGGAGCCUCCGUGGGCGCAGUCUACACAGUCAUUUUCAUCUUGAUCGAUGCCUCUUUUAUUCUUAGCCAAGUCGCCCCAUUCGUCCAUAUCUUCGCGUCAGCUGCUGGUGCAUCCGAACGAUUGCUAGCUGUCAUCAAUCGCGACUCUCAAAUUGAUGGAACCGGAGAAAGCGGUGACAACUCUGCCCCAUUCGACUCCCAAGAUAUCAUCUUCCGCGAUGUUCACUUCACCUACCCAUCGCGGCCGGACGUACCUGUUUUGAAGGGUGUCAAUUUUGCCCUUCCGUGUCGGAAACAUACUGCGAUCGUGGGACCAUCCGGUGGCGGAAAGUCGACCGUGGUGUCUCUUUUGGAGCGCUUUUACGAUCCGAUUUCUGGGGAACUAUCAGUUGGCGGGCAGGACUUUCGAGAGUUGAAUGUGCGAUAUCUUCGUGGAAACAUUGGAUUCGUGCAGCAGGAACCAUCGUUACUCGACCGUUCAAUCUUGGAGAAUAUCGCUUAUGGACUGGUAGUAUCUGCUGCCGAAAAGCACCAAGCUUUAACGCCGGUAAUUGUCGGCUCUUCAUUGUCUGAGUUUACGGAAAAGAUCCGCAGCGGGUUCUCCGAGGCAGAAGCACUUGAGCAAUACGACCCCAAGGUCGGUGAAGUCGUGAGACUUGUCCGAGCAGCUGCGGCCAGCGCAAAUGCUCUGAACUUCAUCGAUAGUCUCCCACACGGAUUCGCUACAAGCGUAGGCCCGUCUGGAAAUCACCUGAGUGGUGGACAAAAACAGCGAAUUGCUCUCGCCCGAGCCUUGGUUCGCGAGCCCGUACUUCUUAUCCUUGAUGAAGCAACGGCGGCAUUGGACUCAAUCAGUGAGCGACUAAUCCAAGAAGCUCUCGCAAAACUAGCCGAUCAAGUCACUGUGGUUUCAAUCGCUCACCGACUGGCCACUGCCAAGGACGCACACAAGAUUAUAGUACUUCGAAAUGGCAACGUUGCUGAAGAGGGUUCUCAUGUCGACUUGGUUGAGAAAGGCGGUGCCUACGCUGAGAUGGUACGGCUACAAAAUCUUGGGAGGCUUGAUCCGGUGGCGACGCCUCAUGACUCUACAGUGGACGAAAUCAGUGAAGCAAGACUAGAAGAACCAUCCACAGAUGCAAGUGAGACAUUGCCUGGUGUGAGCAGUACACGUUUAACAAAAGAUUCGACACCAAAAUAUGCAGUCGAGAGUAUCGAUGAGAAAUCGAACGAAGCGGUCGAAUCAAAAGACGAAAAAGAAAACGGGGAUAAGAAGCGGAAACGCUCGCGUUGGUUUACAAUGAAGUUUACACUCUCGCUUCUUCGCCCUAAUAUGGGUUAUCUGCUGCUAGGCCUCGCAAUGUCGGUCCUCAUCGGCGGCAGUUAUAUAGCAGAAGCUGUGAUUUUCGGUCACACUGUGCACAGUUUGAGUCCUUGUAUAGGAGCCGACAGUAUCCGUCACGGUGGACACCUGUAUGGGCUUCUGUUCUUCAUCAUGGCUAUCGUCGAAUUCUCGGCAAACGUGAUAGGUGGCAGUGCAUUUGGCUGGGCUGCGGACAAGAUUUUAUAUCGGAUUCGAGUUCUCUCUCUUCGAUCUCUUUUGGGCCAGACAGUCCAGUGGCACAGCAUGGAGGGUCGCACUCCAAGCACGCUCCUUACCUUGAUUACUAGCGAUGCGACUGCACUCAGUAAUAUCACUGGUACUACUAUCGGGCUACUCCUAGCCGCAGCCGUGAACCUAGUUGCUGGACUUCUCGUCUCCUUUAUAAUGGCAUGGAAAAUUACCAUUGUUCUUCUUCCAACAAUCCCAGUGCUACUAGUGUCUGGGAUGAUGAAGCUUCGGACACAAGCUAAAUUUGCCGAACGCCACCAGAAGGCCUUUGCGGAGGCAACCGCUAUCACAGUGGAGGCUGUUGAAAACAUUCGAAUGGUAUCAGCGUUUUCAUUGGAGAAGCAGUCAUGUGCGAUAUACGAGCGAGCUUUACAAGCACCGUAUCGGGAGAUACUAAGCUCAAUCGCGUUUGGCAAUAUCUUUCUGGCGCUGUCCUUUAGCGUCAGUAAUCUCGUUUAUGCUCUCGCCUACUGGUGGGGUACUCGACAAGUCGUUGCUGGACUGUACUCUCAGACACAGUUCUUCAUUAUUCUACCUGCACUUCUAUUCAGUACCCAGUCAUGCAGCCAGAUGUUUGCACUGGCGCCUGAUAUCUCAAAAGUGGGACUAUCCGCAUCGAACAUAACAGAGCUCCUCACCACUCGCUCCGCUGAUGAAGAGGUGGCCCCGGGCUCUUUGAAUAAAGCUAGUGAUUAUGAUACUUCCCUCUUGAAAGAAAAGCUCUAUGACGCAGAGGCAGCACAUCCCGAGCAGCAAAAGCUUGACUCGGCUACACCUCCAUCUACGGAUGGUAUUGGCAUCGAGUUACAGAAUGUACAUUUUGAAUAUCCGUCACGCCCAGGACAUCCUGUGUUACGUGGACUCAGCCUGAAGAUCCACCCAGGCCAGUUUGCGGCUUUAGUCGGCCCCAGUGGAUCAGGGAAAUCUACAAUAUUUGCGACCCUGGAGCGGUUUUACCGUCCUGAGUCAGGAUCCGUGAUCUUUGACGGGGUCGACAUUAUGCGGCAGCUCGGCACUGGGUUUCGCGAUGAUGUAGCUCUUGUCCCUCAGGAGAAUGUUCUCUUUGAGGGAUCUAUUGCGUUCAACAUCGGCCUGGGCGCUCGACCUGGUUACCAGCCAACCCAAGAGGAGAUCGAAGAGGCCUGUCGGAGGGCCGAUAUUCACGAUGUGAUAAUGGCCCUGCCUGAGGGCUAUCAAACACAGUGUAAUAACAAUGGAAAGCAAUUUUCUGGUGGUCAGCGGCAGAGACUGUCAAUUGCACGGGCUUUGGUGCGCCGCCCACGCUUGCUGCUGCUGGACGAGUCUACAAGUGCCCUAGAUGUUGAAUCGGAAAAGCGAAUCCAGGAAGUACUCGCUAACCUGGAAGGCCGCACCACCAUUGUGGCUAUCGCACACCGACUCAACACUAUUCACAAGGCAGAUCGAAUCUUUCUCAUUGAAGAAGGGCGCUGCGCUGACCAGGGCACGCACAACGAGCUUGUUGAGCGAAGUGAGAUGUACCGCACAAGCGUCAUUCACCAAUCACUUCAGAUAUAG